UUGCAGAGAUGCUUUGCGAAAAACAUUUAAUUUUUCUUAUCAAAAUACAUAUUAUAUUAUAAAAUGAUUUUAAAUUCGUGAAAAUAAAAACCAUUUCAUGGUCCAUCAGCUAAAGAAGUUUAAGCGUUUUUUUGUAAUGUUUUUGUAAUAACAUAACCUCAAACUUUGUUUUGUCAGUAUGAGUGCAAAUGUUUGUGUAAACUGUAGAAAUGAAAAACCCGUAAAUCUUACUACAAACCGUCUGGUUACCGAGAGCUGCGGUCACGUUAAGUGUAUGGACUGUCUGUUACACGAGACAUCAGGUUGUGUAGCCUGUUUAUCAAUAGGCAACCCUGAACUUGAACAGAUUGCACAAAACAACGAAACUGACGGGAACGAAGCCCAAACGAACCUACUGAAUAUUGAAGACGACGACGUUAACAGAGAUGAAUUAGUUUGUGAAGAUUUAAGCAAGAAAAGGAAACCCGAGACAUCACAUAUUAAAGUAGAGAUAGAUGCUAAAGGGGUCAGAUGCUACAUAUGCACUUUGUGUGAUAAAAAGUUUCAUGCACGUAGUCAAGUGGCAUACCAUGCAUAUUGCAACGGACAAAAGAAACCAUUUCACUGUGAUGAAUGCAAGAAGAGUUUUGCGACACACUCCCAUUUCAAGUAUCACAUGAGGGUACAUCGUAACGAGCGGACGUACGCGUGUGAAGUCUGCGGCGACAGCUUCUUUCAGAUGUCGAAACUGCAAAGACACAAACUAAAACACACUAAAGAGAAGAAACAUGUGUGCAAUCAAUGCAACAAAGCGUUCAAUAACUUAACAUCGCUCCGGAAGCACGGCCUCACACACACCGAGGAGAGGCCCUAUGAGUGCAGCACGUGCGGGAGGAGAUUUCGUGACGGCUCCAACUACAGAAAACAUGUCGACAAACAUAAUGUUGAUAAAAAAUAUCAAAGUGGUCCGUGCGGUCCCCAGCGUCGUCCGUACCAGUGUCCGCGCUGUCCCCAGGCCUUCCAGUCGGGGAAGGACAUGAGGAGACACGUCGCCGUGCACUCGGAUUCGAAGCCGUUCCGGUGCAAAGUGUGCGACCGUCGAUUCCGGAGGAAGGACAAUCUGGAGCGCCACAUCCGCAACACGCAUCCCGACUACGUCACGUCGAGCGCGGUCGAGUGCGACGAGACAGCCCUGCGGCAGAUCAUAACUCCCACCCCUCCCGCCCCUCCCAUCAACGGCGACGAGAAAACGAAACUGGAGAACAUGAACCCCUUACCCCCCCUACCCGAGGAGGUCAUCCAGAAGCACAUGCACGGCGACACGGAGGUAGACAAGUCGUACAUUCUCGUCGCGAACAACGCCCGGCAAAGCGUCAUUGUCGGCCAGUGGACGGCCAAAGUGGACCGUGACACGAGCCCGCCGGUCUGCGAGUACGUGCACAAGAUCAGGAGGGCCAACUCUAUGGCCAGCCAGAACAACAUAUCGUUGCCGCCCAUCGACGAGAAGAAGAUGGUGGAGCUUAAAAAGAAGAGUCUCGAUACCUUCGACGUGGGAGCCCCCCCGAAGGACAAGAAGAAACUGUACGAGAUGAUUCUCUAUGACGACGGAGAUAAACGGGAUACCGACGACGCGAGCGCCGACAGUAACUCGGACAAUUUGUGGAAGAGAAGAAAAAUGAAACUGGUUUGAACUGAUAUUAGACUGACUGAAAGACACGGUGACUGUGAGUAAUGUAGACUAUUUAGAUACCUGUAUUAUUGGUAUGGAACGUUUGCUUAUCUGUGUAGAAAUUGCUUAUUUCAUGCAACACGGGCUAGGUAGACUAAAACGUGUAUGAAAUGCAUAGAUCGACUGAUUAUUAUUUUCAUACGAAAGCAUAUGAUUGUAAAAAAAAGAAAUAGGAAAAAAUUGCGUUUUCUUUUUCUUUAAAUCAAUCAUGAAAUAAAAAUUUUUUUUCUGUUAAAUUAUUAUAUGUAAAUGCAUUUGAGAUUUCGAUUUUACGCGGGAAAAUGGGCGGCGUUGUGAUUGUGUCUGUGGACUCCUUAACUGUUUCACUGUCUGCACGACGGUAAAAUCAAGUACAUGUUUAUCAAUUUUUAUAAUUAUUUGUUAUGGAAAGUGUGAGUUUUGGGAAUUUGUAAAGAAUCUAAUAUAAUCGUUUAUGAAUAUCGAUAUCGAUAUCGAAAUGAUAAUAUAUCGUGAUCAGUCAAUAAUUUAGUGUACAAGUGCGUCCGAGACGGUUAGUUAUUAAGCGAAAGUGAUUCUUAUUUCCAUUUAUCGAGUUACGUUUCAUGUUUUUUUUUUUUUAUAAUUAUUUUGAAAUUUAUAAAAGUCACAUUUAAUUAUUUUGUUAACCGACUCAAAAGACCAAAAUCGAUUUAUGAUCUCAACGCGAGCAGGUUUUUUUUUUUAAAUGUAAUAUGACCGCGUUUUUCUAUCUCACAUUGGCAGUUAAUUGUUUACGUAGUUUUUUUUAAAGACAUUAGCGAUUUUGUUUUUGCAAAUUUUUUUGUUUGGUCGACAAUCGAACUAAUCACUGAUCCUUUUAACGGUUAGAUUCAUUUUAUCCAUUACGUUUUCUCUGUUGUUUUCGAAAGUUUUCUAGCAUGCAUUACGUGGUAGAAAACUUUUUUUGUAAUUGAUAACCCUAAAGCUCAAUACCUGUUACACAAAUAAAAAGAAAUUAAUGAAAAAAAAUAGCCAUAAUAAUAAGUAUUUGCUUUGCAUAAUCUAUGUACAUACAAGUAGAUACGAUAUGAAAUAUAGAAAGCUAUACCUACUUAUUUUUGUAUUAAGCGAUGAUCUGUCAACUUAACAGAACAGAAUAGGAUACCUAACAGUAUAUUUAACGAUUUUUUUACUUGGAAAUGAGGACUCAUGUGUUUUGAAUGUGGGAUGAGAUGGGACCUGGUCGGCCCCGAAAUUUUUUUUUUUGUGGACAUCGAUUUCCUCGUCAGGUUCACUACGACCACAAUAGCUAUAAAUCUUGUUGAUACUGUUUUUUUUUUUCGAUCCAAACGUGAAGUCGACAGAAGGUCGCUUAAAACAGACAUUACUAUGCAAAAAUCAAUUUUAUUUUAAUGGCUUUAAAUAUUUAUUUGUGUAUCCACGGAUGAUGCGUGACAGUGUUAAAUGAAAUUACGGAAUCUUUUUUUCGAAAGAGAAGGUUUUGAGAGCGUAGUUUGAGAAUCGAAUUGAGGCGAAACUAAUUUUUUUUUUUUUAUUGACACUAUUAUGGCUAUACCACAGAUGUCUAAGCCGCAUUGUUAGCCCAAACAAAAAUGUUCACCAUUAUUUACGAUGACAAUUUUAAAAUAUGCCUUAGCAUAUGAUUCAAAAAGGUCAUUGGACGUAAACUGAGCUUAUCUGAGGAAUAUAAUAGUGACGUUACAAAUUUCACCAAUAAUAUUUAUUCCAUUUUAGUGUUUGUAAAUACGUUCGGCGCUUAGUCGAGACAAUAUAAACACUAGAAUCGUGUGAAUGUUUUUUUUUAAAUAAUUCCUUAGUGUUUGCCUCAAUCAAACGAAUCGAAGACUUAAAAUAUUGGACUGAAGGAAAUUGGAAAGACUGUCGUGAAACGUAGAUUUUCUACUCUAAUUACUUGUGAAAGUUUGCUCAUAAUCAAAAUUGUUCCUCACGUUCAUGAUAGAUGUUAAUGCGAAUUGCAUUGUUCUUUUUAUGUAACACAAUUAUUCCGGGAUGCAAGGGAAACGUCACCGAAAGCCAAACUGUUUUAAGCUAUUGCAUAGCUUUUAUCGCGGGCCUUGAGCGCGGCGACCGAAUCAUGAAAUUCCGUAACGGAAAAAACCUAACAACCUUAACUCU